AUGAAGGGGCCAGGGGAACGUAAUUUAAUCAGAAUGUCUACUAUUUCAAGGACAGUUCAUAUCAGCCAGCAAAAGCUGGCUGAAAAGCUAAUAAUUUUAAAUGAUAGAGGAAUUGGAAUGUUGACCAGAAUUUACAAUAUCAAGAAAGCAUGUGGCGAUGCUAAAUCCAAACCUGCCUUUUUAUCAGAUAAAACUUUGGAAUCUUCAAUUAAACAUAUUGUCAGGAGGUUUCCUAGUAUUGAUGUAAAAGGCUUGCAAGCAAUUACAAACAUAAAGAAUGAAGUAAUUAAAUCACUCUCUUUAUAUUACUAUACCUUUGUGGAUCUACUAGAUUUUAAGGAUAAUGUUUGUGAACUUUUAAAUAUAAUGGAUGCAUGUCAAGUAACUUUAGAUUUGACCCUUAAUUACGAAUUGACUAAAAAUUAUCUUGAUCUAGUUACAACAUAUGUGUCAUUAAUGAUUUUACUGUCUCGAGUAGAAGACAGAAAAGCAGUGCUUGGCUUGUUCAAUGCAGCACAUGAAUUGGUAAACAAUCAAAUUGAUUCAAGUUUUCCUCGUCUAGGCCAAAUGAUAGUUGAUUAUGAUGCUCCAUUGAAGAAAUUAUCAGAGGAAUUUGUACCUCAUCAAAAAGUUUUAUCUAGUGCUCUUAACUCUCUUUGGCAUGUGUACCCAGCUAGAAAUCUUACUGCAGAGAUUUGGAGAUCAGAACAAAAACUAAGCCUUGUCAGUAAUCCUGCCUUACUCCUUAAACCUUCAGAAACCAAUACAAUGUCAUGUGAAUAUGUUUCUUUGGAAUCACUCGAAAGAUGGGUGAUCUUUGGUUUUGCCCUAUGUCACCAAAUGCUGCAACAAGAUCAUGCUAACAAAAUGUGGGUCAGUGCAUUAGAAUCUGGAUGGGUAGUAGCAUUAUUCCGAGAUGAAGUUAUUUAUAUACAUACAUAUAUUCAAAGUUUCUUUGAUGGAAUUAAAGGUUAUGGAAAAAGAGGUUCAGAAGUCAAGGAUUGUUAUCAUCAUGCAGUACAAAAAGCUGGAUAUAAACAUAGGGAAAGAAGAAAAUUUUUAAGAACAGCCUUAAAAGAGCUAGGUCUUAUCUUGACUGAUCAACCAGGGUUAUUAGGGCCCAAAGCACUAUUGAUUUUUAUUGGUCUUUGUUAUGCAAGGGAUGAAGUUUUUUGGCUAUUAAGACAUAAUGACAAUCCUCCACAAAAAGUAAAAGGAAAAGCCACCGAAGAUUUGGUUGAUCGUCAACUGCCAGAACUUCUGUUUCAUAUGGAAGAGCUAAGAGCUCUUGUGCGCAAGUACAGUCAAGUUAUGCAAAGAUAUUAUGUCCAGUAUUUGUCAGGUUUUGAUGCAGUUGCCCUAAAUCUAAUGAUACAAAAUUUACAAGUGUGUCCAGAAGACGAGAGUGUCAUACUUUCUUCACUCUGCAACACAGCUGCUAAUUUAAGUGUCAAACAAGUGGAAAGCAAUGAACUCUUUGAUUUUCGAGCAUUCCGUUUGGAUUGGUUUAGACUACAAGCUUAUACUUCUGUUGGUAAAACACAAUUAAACUUGGUUGAUCAGAGGGAGUUGGCACAAUUUAUUGAUAAAAUGGUAUUCCACACAAAAAUGGUAGAUAACCUUGAUGAAAUAAUGGUAGAAACAUCAGACUUAUCUCUGUUUUGCUUUUAUAGCAAAAUAUUUGAAAGCCAGUUCCACAUGUGCCUAGAGUUUCCAGCCCAAAAUCGUUAUAUAAUUGCAUUUCCUCUUAUUUGCAGUCACUUCCAAAAUUGCACACAUGAGCUUUGUCCAGAAGAAAGACACCAUAUCAGAGAAAGGAGUCUUUCUGUAGUUAAUAUUUUCUUGGAUGAAAUGGCAAAAGAAGCGAAAAAUAUAAUAACAACUAUUUGUGAUGAACAAUGUACCAUGAGUGAUAAAUUGCUGCCAAAACAUUGUGCUCAAACAAUAGCACAUCUUGCUAACAGGAAGAAAAAGGAUAAAAAUAAGAAAAAUCCAAUAGAAAUUGUUAAACCUGGGGCUGAAAGUUAUAGAAAAACCAGGGAAGAAUUGACUACAAUGGACAAACUCCAUAUGGCCUUGACAGAACUGUGCUUUGCUAUUAAUUAUUGUUCAACUGUAAAUGUUUGGGAAUACACAUUUGCACCUCGUGAAUAUUUACACCAGCACUUGGAAACUAGAUUCUCUAAAGCAUUAGUGGGUAUGGUCAUGUUCAAUCAGGAUACUAGUGAAAUUGCUAAGCCAUCUGAGCUAUUGGUUAGUGUCAGAGCAUAUAUGAAUGUUCUGCAAACAGUCGAAAAUUACGUUCAUAUCGAUAUUACAAGGGUAUUCAAUAAUUGUUUAUUGCAACAAACACAAAAUAUGGAUAGUCAUGGUGAGAAAACUAUUGCUUCGCUAUAUACACAAUGGUACUCGGAAAUCCUACUUAGACGUGUUAGCGCCGGGAGUAUUUGCUUUUCAAUGAAUCAAAAAGCUUUCGUAAGUCUUUCCGCAGAGGGUGCUAUUCCGUUUAACGCUGAAGAGUAUUCUGAUAUUAAUGAAUUGAGAGCUCUGGCUGAAUUAAUUGGGCCGUAUGGAAUGAAAUUACUGAGUGAAACGUUAAUGUGGCAUAUCGCCAGUCAAGUGCAGGAACUUAAAAAAUUGGUAGUACAAAAUAAAGAAGUUCUGCAGAUGCUACGAACUAAUUUUGAUAAGCCUGAAAUAAUGAGAGAACAAUUCAAACGGCUCCAACACGUUGACAAUGUAUUACAAAGAAUGACUAUAAUUGGUGUAAUAUUGAGUUUUCGUCAAAUAGCUCAAGAAUCAUUGCUUGACGUUUUAGAGCGUCGUAUUCCAUUUUUGAUAAGUUCUAUAAAAGAUUUCCAACAGCAGUUGCCUAGCGGUGACACAACACGCGUUAUUUCGGAAAUGUGCUCGGCUGCAGGUCUGUCCUGUAAAGUAGAUCCAACACUCGCAUCAGCUCUUCGACAGCAUAAAGCUGAACUAGAAGAGGAAGAGCACCUCAUCGUUUGCUUACUCAUGGUGUUUGUUGCAGUUUCUCUCCCGAGAUUAGCGCGCAGCGAAGGCUCAUUUUAUAGGCCGUCUCUGGAAGGCCACGCCAAUAACAUACAUUGCAUGGCACCUGCUAUUAAUCAUAUUUUUGGAGCCUUAUUUACGAUUUGCGGUCAGGGCGACAUCGAAGAUAGAAUGAAAGAAUUUUUAGCAUUAGCUUCGUCGUCUCUACUGCGACUAGGACAAGAGACAGACAAAGAAGCAAUAAAGAACCGCGAAUCCGUUUAUUUACUUCUCGAUCUUAUAGUUCAGGAGUCGCCCUUCCUUACGAUGGACUUACUGGAGUCGUGUUUUCCUUAUGUGCUAAUACGUAAUGCCUACCAUGAAGUGUACAAACAAGAACAGAUGCUGUUACACUCU